CUCGUGUAACCCCCUGGGUCGCCUCAGGCUUGCUCAGCUCGUUCUCGUCUAGGGGGAGCAGCCUUCGGCCCCGCCAAACUGGGUAAUCAGCUGGUGUGGAUGCUGUGUGAUGUCCCCGCCUCACCCAAAAACAGACAGUACACCAUAAGCGAUUAAAUGAGUACAAUUUAUAAAGGUUACUAUAACUAAGUGAUUCAUUACGAUACAGUAUAUAUAAAAAGAAAAAAAGAAAAGGCGCCAAACUUAUCAAAGUCCAAACCACUUCGUGCACAACCGUUGGAGCUCAAUUACUGAAGUCUUCUGGCCACCAUUCGAUCGCCUCCGAACUCCUCGACUCGCAGCUCAGGACCCUCCGAGUGGUCAACCAAGCACAUCUAGCUUCAUCCCCCCUCCUCGGAGUACCUCCCGGCCUCGGACCCCCGCUUGGGGUCCGAUCCUCGCUCAGCUUACAGCAUUGCGUCCUCUCUCUCUCGACCCCCUCGCGCCGAUCUGCCCAAAAGCCCGUCAACAAAAGCUUACAGACUCAGAAGAAAGAACAUUAAUCCCCAUUUGGUUUACAAAGGAAUACCAUUCUCGUUAUCAGUAAAUUAGCAUUCCUGCUAGUUAACAAAAGGAAACCCUUUCCCAACAGUAACAAAGAAAAAAGAAGAAACCCCCUUUACACUCCUGUAUGACAUGAGCAACUUGCCAGCUUUUUCCAUUUCUCCCAGUUGCAGGAUUGGUGCUAGAAUGGCCAGUGCACUUUUUCCGUGUGUCGAGUGAGGGAUGCGCAUCAAGGUCACGUCAUGUGUCGAGAUACAACCCAGCUUCUGGCUCAUCGAUGUCCAGUUCCGAGCUGCCAUGUUUGCUCUGAUUGAGUGCACUUGGCAGGAUGAGGGUGCUAACCGCGCAUCCGCUACACGGACAUUAUGUUUCUGGAAAAGUCUCACUGCAGAGGCCUGACGCAUCUGGUUUGAGUACACACUGUUGCGGUCUACCUCAUCUGUAACGGCAGCAGCGAGCUGAAUCCGAAGACCCGUUAGUUACUUUGUUCUGAUGCAGUCAGCGAGCGGAGCGGCGACUCGGAGCCCGGGGACCGACAGCGGGCAGCCGGUGGCAGAGGCGGGCAGCCGGGAGGAGCCGAAUCCCAACUCAAGCAACAGGCGCAAGGAACCGGAGCGGCGGGACUCGCGGAAACGGAGGGAGAGGAAGCGACUGCUGGAGUUAAACAUGGGGGAACAACCAAUUUUCAGCGCUCGAGCUCACGUUUUCCAGAUCGACCCAACGACCAAGCGGAACUGGAUCCCAGCCAGCAAGCACGCUGUUACCGUCUCCUUCUUCUACGACAGCACCCGCAAUGUUUACCGGAUCAUCAGCGUCGGGGGCACCAAGGCAAUUAUCAACAGCACCAUCACGCCCAAUAUGAGUUUCACCAAAACCUCGCAGAAAUUUGGGCAAUGGGCCGACAGUCGCGCCAACACAGUCUAUGGCCUGGGCUUCAACUCUGAGCAGCAGCUUGCACAGUUUGCAGAGAGGUUUCAAGAGGUGAAAGAAGCAGCUCGCUUGGCAAGAGAGAAAUCCCAGGAUAAAACGGAACUGACAAACCCAGCACUAGAGAUUACGACCCCACAGGACUUGUCCAUCGAUUUUAAUUCCCCCCCACUGCAGCUCGCCAGUGCAAAUGGGAGCGGUCUUCCGAAACUUUACCAUUCCGAGAGCUGUGAUGGAGAAAUGAUGCUGGACAGCGCUCGGAUCAAGUCUCUCUUCUCCCAGGGGUCCAUCAGCGAGCCCCACUGGGAGCUGGAGUUACUCGCACUGCAGGAGAGUAAUGGAAAGCUGGUGCAGGCGCUCCACGAGUCAAACAUCACAGUUGAGCAGUGGAAGAAGCAGCUGGCUGCAUAUAAAGAGGAGGCGGAGAAACUGCGAGACCGGGUCAUUGAGCUUGAGUCACAGGGCGUGGAGAACGUGACAGUUGCAACUCAGAACACAGACCUCAGCCAAUCGGUAGAGGAACUUGAGACUUUGUUAAAGGAGAAAGAGGAGGAGAUCCAGUUAUUGAGGAGUCAGAAAUCUGAUGUGAAUGAGUUGGAGAGCGACCGGGAGGAGGCACUGCUCCGACUGCAGGAGGUAGAGGGCCGGAAUGCUGAGCUGGAGCAACAACUACAGGAUGUGGAGCAGACCCUGGUGGACUGUGUGAACGACAGAGAGAGGGUCCAGCGUGAUGCUCGUAAACUGCUGGAUAUCCUCGACGUUAAGCUGUACGAACUGAAUGAUUUGCGCCAGGGUCUGGCUAAAAUUGCAGAGAAGGAGGAAAAGUCCUGAAUUUUGUGUAGCUGACCCUUGAUGCCCAGAUCCUCCUGAAACACAGUUCCCCGCCCAUCAAUUUAACUCCCUCUUCCCCUACCGUCACCACCACUCCUGUCACACACUUGCUCUUAGUUCCAGGUGCUUACCCUGGGCUCAGCGGUUGAAUGUGCAGGGUCCAUCUAACAGCACCGACUUGUAAAAAAAACAUUUGGUUCAAGUUCAGUUGCUGAAAAAUUAAACACUAAUUCUCAGCCCUGCACAAACUCUAUCUCACCUCCAAAUUAUCCGUCUGUCUCAAGGCUGUGCAACUUUUCCUGGGUUAUUCUCCAAUUCCAUUUUGACACUGAUUCUUCCUCUUACGUAGUCAUAUAAGAUUAUUACUGACCUCGGAACUAUUGAGGUCCCCCUUGUGUCAGCAUGAAGCACCUGCCAUCUUCACGAUAGUUCCGGGGAAGUAGGUUGUCCUAUGAGAAGAGAUUGUUGGUGUUCACAUGAAGGAGAGCUUAUCUCAUACAGGUUCUGAGGAAGGUUGAGAGGUUACGGUUGAAAUGUCAGCCAACAGAACAGUGAGGAGAAGAACUUGUAUCAAUCAGAUGUGAAUGUUUGGAAGCCACAUCUCCGGAGAGAUCAGAGACUUGGUCUUUAUGAAUAUCGAAGCUGAGAUUGAUUGACUUUUGGUCACUGAAGGGAUUUAAUAACAUGCAGGAUGGGCGGGUAAUUUGCAAGGAGCAUCUCACUGAAUGAGCGGGAUGCAGAAAACUUCCUCUUUCUUGUAUUCUUAUAUGUGACAUUAUGAUAUGUGCAAUUACAACACUUUGAUAACUGCAUAACCCUCACCAGUACAAUCUGGCACUCUGCAAAUUCUUCACUGUAACUCUCUGAUUUACAUUGUACAUCCCAAACUGCAAAAUUCCGAUAUAUACUGUAUACUCCUCACAAUAACAUUCCCAUUGAGGGACAUGCACAGAGUGUUAUAGUGAGGGAAGUAUCCUCACUAUAACAUUCUGUGCAUGUCCCCCACUGUUAAACGCUAAUAUACUCUCUGAAUAGAAUAAAUUUCUUAUAUGAAACACCCCCUACACCAAUCGGAUGUACCCCCUCUUCUCAUUAUUACACUGAAACACCCUUCUUGUAAUAUUUUGAAAUAACCUAUGCAUCUUUCCCUUUUGUACAUUCUUCAACAGAUACCCCGCUACACAAAUGUGUUGUGCUGAAUAUAUUUUCAACAUAAUAUGCUGUUUCACGGGGGAGGAUCAUGAAGAAAGCUGCUGGAUCAAUCACGGUUCUGCUGUCUGUUAGUUAUACGAAACCUCUCCUGCCUUCAAAGUUGGGCCGCUUUCUUCCUAUUUAGCCCUUUAAAAAAAAAAUUCCUUGUGAUUUUGCUUCUACUUCCCUCUCAGAUCACGCAUAAAAAUUCCAUAAAACACAUCAAAUCUGUUUCUCUACUGAUUAAUGCUUUUCCCACAAGGAGCAGAUUUUCCUUAUUUACUUUGUCAAAACUUUCUUGAUUUGGAAUAAAAUUUUCCUACUUCUCCAUCUUCAGUAAAUAAUAGGAGCCCUAAAUCCCCAGGUCCACACCAGUAACUUUCCCAUCCCACUUGG